AUGGGAUCUUCUGCUACUAAGAAUAAAGCCAUUUAACUUAAUACACCUACUUAAAAGACCCCAUCGGAGAGAUGGAUUAAACUGAAUGAAAGAAAAAUGAAUUUUCAAGAAAUGACUGAGCUUGGCAAAAAAAUAAAUGAGCCUUUAGACUAGAUAGAAAAUGCAGUCAAAUAUAUAGAAAAACAAGGAAUUAUAAUUGAAAAUGGGCUCCUUGGAUCUGGAGCAGGCGGGUUCAUCUUAAAGGCAUGCAGCGAGUGGAAUGACCAUCUUGCUGUAAAAUUUAUGAAAUAUUCUAACCUUGAGUAAUUCAAAAUUAACAAGAGAGAAUAUGAUAUCUUAAAAAAACUUAGCUCUAGAUAUGUCACUAAAGUUUAUUCAUACUUCAUAGAAUCUUACGAGUCAAACGGAUAUUAAUUUAUUGUCAUGGAAAGAUGCUUAUAUGAUUUAAAGAAUUAUAUUGCCAAAAAAAUUACUUCAAAAAAGUUUCUCAGCCACUAACAUUUGUAUUAUCUAUGUCUACAGCUUUCCAAAGGAUUGCAGGAACUUCACUAAAAAAAUAUUAUUCACCUUGAUAUAAAACCUGCCAACUUACUUCUAGGCUUAGAUUUAAAAUGGAAGUACGCAGAUUUAGGUAUCUCCAAGGUAGUAUCAGAGUAAAAACAACACACUAAUAACUUAAUAGGACUUACAGCCGUUUAUUCUUCUCCUGAAUAGUAUUAGCUCGCGACUACUAGUGCUAAUCGCAAAGUCACAAAAUCUAGCGAUAUUUAUAGUCUAGGAGUAGUUUUUUUACAGCUGACUGGAGUAGAUGUCACAUAGAAAUGGAUUAUAAAAGAAAAGAUUUCAACACGUAAUUAUGAUAGGUGUCUGAAUCCUUACUAUGAAGAGUUCAAUAAUUGCAUUAUAAAAAAAAUGAUGUAAUACUAAGCAAAUGAAAGAUUAUAAAUUGAAGAGGUGAUUGAUGUUUUGAAAAGACUUUUAAAAACUAAAAAUGAAGAGAUCUCCAAGCCUAAAAAUUCAGAUAAUUAAAUUAAACAAAAUACACUAGAACAACAAGAAAUAAAAAAAUAAUAUCUAAAAAAUCUAUUACUAAAAAAAUUUAUUUCAAAAUCAGGUUAUACAUAGUAAAUUAGUACUUAGUAUAAUAUUUAUUAAUGA